UACGCGUCGUAUCCUGGAAGUCCUCGGCAUUCUGUGAUUCGUCUCCGAAAUCAAACAAGAAAACAGAUUAUCAACAACAACAGAGAAUUCAGGAAGCAGAGCAAGAGCAGGAGCAAGAGCAAGAGCGAGAGCGAGAGCGAGAGCGAGAGAGAGAGCAAGAGAGAGAGAGAGAAAUGUGAACGUUAGUUGCUGCGAUCCUGAAUUUAUACGCUUCCAUUUCUCUUUCCUUCUCCGUCGACCGGAUCCGGCGAGCUCUCCGACAUCGUAGGCAUCUAGCGCCGGAGAAGCAGGGUCUGUGGUUGGGGAUCCCGAUCGAUCUCGCCAUCGAUGGAGAUGGCGCCGAUCCGAAUCUGGAACAGGUCAAAGGCCGAGGCGGCGGCGGAGAAGUUCAUCGUCGUGGCCGUCGAGACGAAGCUAGUUUGGCGAUGCCGGUGGAGCUACAAUCUGAUCAGAUUGAAUUUGGCUGAGAACCGAUGGCGAUGGGAAACCCUACGUGAUGGAUAACAGCAAUUACAUCGUGGCCUGUUUCUGGGUAAGAAUGCCGUCGAAGCCUGUGAACAAGUCUUCGUCGAUGGGAGUGACAUGUACCGGGAUUCGAGAUUUAAGUCGAUUCCAAGCAUUGUUCAGUUCCAAGGAUCCUUGCGGAAAGGAAAAGACGAUAAGGAUUCACGCUGUUGGUUCCCCUAGCGGCAUGGGGUUUAUGAUCAGAGGAAGAACUUACUUAAAAGAUAAUGCAAAGGUUGAGCUUCUGCAGUUUGUGGCAUUUUGCUUCGACAAAACUUUUCAAUAUGACCAGGGCUCAUACACAACCUUCCUUUCUCCACCCUCAUAUGACAUAUUUCCUUGUUUCGAUGAACUCGAAUCAUGUUUCGAUUUCUGUUGGCUGAAUUUUCCUUUGCUAGCCUUCCAGUUUUUUUCGGAGGCCUUCAAUGCACCCUCUGCAGACUCAUCUUUUCUCAUGAGCCUUCUUUGUUCUUGUGCUUGCAAAGCACUUUGGACCUCUGCUAGUUUCAGGUCUGAGAGAUCCUUGGUGUUUUCCAGAGAUGCAAUUGUGGCUUCAAAACGUUCUGAUUCACUUGAUUUCAUUUGUUGCCUGUCAAACUCUCUCAACAGGGGUGACACCAGAAAAUAGACAAGACUUAGCCUUUGCCUUCCUUGUAACCUUUUCUUUGUGAAUCCUAAUCUGAUUCACUGUCGGAUUUGCCUGUAAUGGUGCCACAUCAUAAUCUUCGACCACUGCUUCCCAUAGAUCAGUCCCCUCCAUGAAAGCUUGCAUUCUGACAGACCAGACUUGAUAAUUUUCUCCAUCAAAAACUGGUGGUCCGGUUGAAAACAGACCAGAUUCUGAUGUUACAGAUUGAUCCAUGUUCCAGCUUGUGUUUGUGCUCACUUCAGCCUCCAAGAUCUGUUCAGCUCUGAUACCACUGUUAUCAAAGUGAUGGGUGGAGAGCCUCUUCUCAAACUUAUAGCAGUGGAUUGGUUAAACGUUGAUAAAGCCGUAGAUCACAUUGCUCUUCAUCCCAACUGUCUUGUUCAGGUGCUGCCUUUACCUGCUCUAUGCUUUGAUGGCCUCUUCUUCUAUAAGAAACUGAGUAAUUCGUCUGAGAAUUCUCGGAAACUAGAUUCCUGUCUUCAAAUAAGAAUAUGGGAACACUUCUUCAAACCAUGGCGUGCCCGAUAAUGAUUUACUCUGUCAAUGUUUCCUCCCGCAUUGUGGAUGAGUCAGAAGCAGGGAAAAAGCUACCCUUCAUCCUCGUCACGAAUCUUCAGAUUCCAGCAAAGCCCAACUGUUGUUUGGUCCUCUAUUCUGCU